GGGACAAUUUCUGGGUGAGUGGGGAGGGGAGGCAGUCCAUGCGCAGGCGCGGCCCUGGCUCCCUGCUAUAUCACCUGAGACUAUUUGCUUCCUUCCUCUUGGGGGGCUGGAAGACCCGAGUGGACCACUUCCCAGUUAUUGAGCUUGGGCCUGGGUGGGGGCCGUGUGCGCAUGUGCACCAAGAGAGGCGGGGCCGGAGCCCUGAUCCCCAAAGCGCACACAGAGGACGUUCCCCCCUCGGAGUUGCCCCCCCCGAAGCACCCCAGGGUGGCCCCGCAGCCAGAGGAAUGGCCCCCGGGACCCCGAGGCCCCCCUCCCAGGGGUACAUAACACUCAAGGAUGUGGCUGUGAACUUCACCCAGGAGGAGUGGCGCCUCUUGGAUCAAUCUCAGAAAGAGCUGUACCUGGAGGUCAUGCUGGAGAAUGUGCAGAAUCUACUCUCUGUGGGGUUUCCAGUGCCUAGAGAAAAGAUUAUCUCCUGUUUUCAGCAAGGGGAAACUCCAUGGCUGUUAGAGCAAAAAGACCCAAAGAAUUCCUGUCCUGAGGCAGAGACUAAUUUUGACCUGAAGGAGAUGUCUACAAAGCUGAGCCCUUUUGUAGAAGGAUGUGGCCUCCAACGAUACAUGAAUGAGGAUCCCUAUGAAUUCCUUUUGAGAGAAAUCUGUAACCCUAAUAUCAAGGUAAAUAAAAAUCCAAAGAGUGACAAUGUAUUUGAUGAGACUACAGAGAAAUUCAGCCAAUAUUCAGUCCUAAAUCGGUAUAUGAAAUUGACCUCAGGAAAUGACUGUUAUCAGGAUAGUGAAUAUGUCAAAUGCUUUCCUGAAGAUGUGGGAUUUAUUCAAUCACUUGGAAAACCUCCUAAACUGCGCAUAUAUCAAUGUAACCUAGGGGAAAUGGCUUUUGACUGUAGUUCAGAUUUCAUCAAACAUCCAAAAAGGAAACGUGUAAAGAUAGUUUCUAUGAAUAAUAAAGGUGAGGCACCUAGUCAGAACUCUGAGCUUACUGCACAUCAAAUAAUGCAUUAUGGAGAGAAACCUCAUGAAGGUAAACAGUGUGGAAAGACUUUCACAGAGAGGCCCUCUCUUGCUGCACAUCAGAGAAUCCACACUGGAGAGAAAUUUUAUGAGUGUAAACAACGUAGAAAGGCUUUCACAGAUAGCAGCUCUCUUGCUAACCGUCAGAGAAUCCACACUGGAGAGAAACCUUAUGGACGUAAACACUGUGGAAAGGCUUUCACAGUGAGGGGCCAGCUUACUGCACAUCAGAGAAUCCAAACUGGAGAGAAAUCUUAUGAGUGUAAACAUUGUGGAAAGGCUUUCACACAGAGGGGCUGUCUUGCUAAUCAUCAAAGAAUCCACACUGGAGAGAAACCUUAUGAGUGUAAACAACGUAGAAAGGCAUUCACAGAUAGUGGCUCUCUUGCUAACCAUCAGAAAAGCCAUAGUGGAGAGAAACCUUAUGAAUGUAAACACUGUGGAAAGGCUUUCACAGUGAGGGGCCAGCUUACUGCACAUCAGAGAAUCCACACUGGAGAGAAACCUUAUGAAUGUAAACACUGUGGAAAGGCUUUCACAGUGAGGGGCCAGCUUACUGCACAUCAGAGAAUCCACACUGGAGAGAAACCUUAUGAAUGUAAACACUGUGGAAAGGCUUUCACAGUGAGGAGCCAGCUUACUGCACAUCAGAGAAUCCACACUGGAGAGAAACCUUAUGAGUGUAAACAAUGUGGAAAGGCUUUCACACAGAGGGGCUCUCUUGCUAAUCAUCAGAGAAUCCACACUGGAGAGAAACCUUUUGGAUGCAAACACUGUGGAAAGACUUUCACACGUAGGAGCCAGGUUGCUGAACAUCAAAGAAUCCACACUGGAGAGAAACCUUAUGAAUGUAAACAGUGUGGAAGAGCUUUCACACGGAGGGAUUCUCUUGCUAAACAUCAGAGAAUCCAUACUGGAGAGAAGCCUUAUGAGUGUAAACAGUGUGGAAAGGCUUUCUCAGAUAGAGGCUCUCUUGCUACCCAUCAGAGAAGCCAUAGUGGAGAGAAACCUUAUGAAUGUGAACACUGUGGAAAGGUUUUUACGUGGAAGGGCUCUUUUACUGAACAUCAGAGAAUACAUACAGGAGAAAAACCUUAUGAAUGUACUGAAUGUGGAAAGGCUUUCACAAAGAGGGGCCAUCUUUCCAGACACCAGAGAAUCCACUCUAGAGAGAAACCUUAUGAAUGUGAACAUUGUGGAAAGGCUUUCACAGUGAGGGGCUCUCUUGCUAAACAUCAGAGAAUCCAUAUUGGAGGGAAACUACCUGGAAAUGUUUUGGCUGUUCCUAGGCCCUGUAGUACCCCAUGAUCAAAUCUUAAGCACCCUUUCAUCUUAGAAGUUCUUCCCAUGGAAUCAAAGGCUUCUCCCAGGUAGUCAAGCCCAAUGGUUUGAAUGAUACUGUGUACCAAUGGUGAAACAUUAGCCCCUCCCAGAUAAUCUAGCCCUGGAGCUCCCCUCUAUGUAUCUGACUCCAGCUUCCUGAACAUGUCUUUAAAAUGGUAAUUUGCUUGAAUGUAUCCACUGUAAAGCUAUUCAUCUUACCAUUCCUGUCCUUUAUUUCUGGAUUUUAACUAUGGUAAAAAUAUUAUAAUCCCUUCAGGGAGGCUUAAUUGUAUCUGGAUUCUUUUUGAGGGGUAUUUGUCUUAGGCAAACAACAUAAGAUAGUGCUCCACAUUUUCUCUUUCUCAAUAAAACCUUGCAUUUUAAGUGA